CUGACCUCUUACAGGCGGCAUCGCCCAUGAAUAGCCGGCUUCCCUUGAACCGACCUCGCCAGUCUAUACGCCGCCGCAAUGAUGAGAUUCCCGACAGCCCUCCUCCCCCUCGCUGCCGCCCUCGUCGCCGCGGUCGACAUGGCGCCCUACGUCCCCGCUGCGGGAGUCGACGCCGCCUUUGCCGACUUCGUCGAGGCGUACUACCUCGCCUCAGAGGACCAGUUCGCCACGACGUCCUUCACCGACUUCUGGCCCGCCGACAACACCGGCGUGCUCGUCAUCGCAGGCCGCGCCUUCCCCGGGGCCGCGUCGAUCCUGGGCGUCAAGCAGUCGCUGCUCCCGCCGGGGGGCGACAAGUCGUGGUGGCACCUCAUCCGUGGCGCCGCCGUGGAAGCCGAGACGGCGGCCGACAAGACGUUCGUCGCGGAGAUCGUCAUCCAGACGACGUAUGUCGGCGGCAACUGCUCGCAGGCGUAUGGUGAUGCUAGGUUCACUGUUCUCAAGGACGAAGUGGGCUCGGCGAGGUUGAAGCCGCAAUCGGGUAGCUUGAGCGUGUACAACCUUACAGUCUCGACGACGGAUUCGCCGACGGACAUUCCAUGCAGCCUAUCUUGAACAGAAUCACAUGAUAGAUAUGAUUUAUCAACACAAAACGAAUCACCGGGGGGGGGGGGGGGAGCUAAUACACUUUGAAGACUCUCUUUCAUUUCAGGGCAGAACAUCUUCUGCGUAACAUGUUCUAUCGUAUCUGGUCCGCACCCAAAAAGUGUGAGAUGCAAAUGUCUCGUUCUCUA